CGGAGGCCGCGGACCGCGGUGGGAACCGGAGACGGUGACACGCGCGCUGACACACUCACCGCGGGGUUUGCCCGCCUUUCCCCUCCCCCGCCAGCGCGUGCCCUCCCCUCCCCCACCCUGUGUUCUCUAUUUGCACGUUUUUUUUUUUUCCUCUGGUCUCCUGCCGCUGCCGCCGCAGUCCUCCCUGCCGUCCGGGGCCCCCACAAUGGCCACCAGCGACGGCCCAGACCUGCCCAUACACAUAUCCAAGACCCCAAGGAGGACAUCGCCUCCCAACAUGGUGGGCACACGUGACGGUGUGUGAGGAGAGGGCAUGUUACCAUGACCCAAGCCGGACGUGGAACGAUGGAUCCAUGGCAGCCAUGACUGACACGCCCCCAGUCUGGAGCCCCUCCCUCCGGUGACACGCGCAUCACACACUCACCACGGAGGCCACAUGCCCUGUGUGUGUGUGUGUCACCCUCACUGGUCUUGCCGCCCUGCCCCACAUGCUGCCCUUGUAAACCAUGCCUCGGGUCCGGGGACCUUAUGGCCACCAAGGUGAAUGCCGUCCAGUGUGACAGCGAUCCUGACGAUAAGAGUGACAUCGGCUCUUGAACACAAGGCAUUUUAAGCGUGAUGAAAGCCGUGACACUGAGCGUGACAUCAUCAAGCGUGGUGAAAAGUGCGGCGGCGAGCAUGACCUCGGGCGCGCUGCUGGCGUGCCUAGCUGUGGCCUCCCUGGCCGCAUGUGUGUCCUGUUCCUCGUUGCCGCCCGAGGACUCUGGGGAGGGGGCGGGGCCCGUGGUGGUGAGCACGCGCUACGGGCGGCUGCGGGGCAUGCGCGUGCCCCUGCCAGGCGGCUCUCUGGGCCCCGUGGCACGCUUCCUGGGCGUGCCCUACGCUGCCCCGCCCACCGGCCCUCGCCGCUUCCAGCCGCCUGAGCCUCCCGCCCCAUGGCCCGGCGUGCGAGGGGCCGCGCGCUUCGCCCCCGUGUGUCCCCAGGACGCCGACACGCGCCCCGACCCCGCCGCCAUGCUGCCCGCCUGGCUCGCCGCCGACCCCGACGCUGUGGCCGCGCACGCGCGCGAGCAAGACGAGGACUGUCUCUACCUCAACCUGUAUGUGCCGGCGGGCGUGGGAGGCCAUGUGCGGAGCCUCACCGAGGACCUGAGCAGUGACGAGCGCGGGGAUGACCCAGACACCCGCGACCCGGCCACACGCAAGCCGGUCAUGGUGUUCAUCCACGGCGACUCAUACAUGGCAGGCACGGGGAACAUGAUGGAUGGCAGUGUGCUGGCGAGCUAUGGCGAUGUCAUUGUGGUCACGCUCAACUACCGGCUGGGCGCGCUCGGCUUCCUGAGCACGGGCGACCCUGCAGCGCGUGGGAACUACGGGCUGCUGGACCAGAUGCAGGCGCUUCGCUGGCUGCGUGAGAACGCGGUCGCCUUCGGCGGGGAUCCCGCCCGUGUCACGGUCUUCGGCUCGGGCGCCGGAGCCUCGUGCGUGAGCCUGCUCACGCUGUCGCACUACUCGGAAGGCCUGUUCCAGAAGGCCAUCAUCCAGAGCGGCACCGCACUGUCCAGCUGGGCCGUCAACUACCAGCCGGCGGCCUAUGCGCGCAUGCUCGGGGCCCGUGUGGGCUGCGGGGGAGACGUGACGUCGGCGACCUCGCCCCCGGACACCGCGGCGACACCUCCCCUGACGUCCUCGGUGCAUGACCCGCCCUCCCCGUCAGCUGCGCUAGUGGCCUGCCUCCGCCGCCGAGGCGCUCGCGAGCUGACCCGGGCCGCGGGUUCGGUGCCCGCGUCCGCGCCCUUUCACGUGGCCUUCGGGCCAGUGAUCGAUGGUGAUGUGGUGCCUGACGACCCGCAGAUCCUCAUGGAGCAGGGUGAGUUCCUCAACUACGACAUCCUUCUGGGCGUCAACCAGGCGGAGGGCGUGGCCCUGGCCGACCCCGCCCACCCGGACGGCGGCGGCGACGUCACAGCGGAUGGCGAAGAGGAGGAGGAGGUGUCGGCUGCAGGCUUCGAACUCGCUGUUGCCGCCUUCGUGGAUGCGCUGUACGGCUACCCGGGAGGGGAGAUGGGCGUGGCCGGCUGGGGCGGUGGAGCCGGCGGGGACUCCGCCCUUCGCGAGACGGCGCGCUUCAUGUACACAGACUGGGCGGAGCGUGAGGGCGGGGCGGGGUCAAGGCGUCGCGCCCUGGCGGCCAUGUUGACGGACCACCAGUGGGCGGCCCCCGCGGUGGCCACCGCAGACUUGCACGCCCGCUACGGCUCGGCCACCUACUUCUACGCCUUCGCACACCCGUGCCGGGGGGACGCGCAUCCCGCAUGGGCGGCCGAAGCGGGCGCGGCCCAUGGCGACGAGCUGCCCUUCGUGUUCGGGGUCCCGAUGCUCGUGCUGGCGGCGGCCGGGGGUGGGGUUGGAGCAGUCGGAAGCGAGGGCGCGGCCGGAAGUGACAUCGCCGUGGCCACAGCCGCCAAUGCUGCCGCCCUCUUCCCGUGCAACUUCACGCGCAAUGACGUAAUGCUCAGCGCCGUCGUCAUGACGUACUGGACCAACUUCGCCAAGACGGGGGACCCCAACCGUCCGGUGCCACAGGACACCAAGUUUGCGCACACACGCCCCAACCGCUUCGAGGCAGUGGCUUGGCCAAAGUACACACCACGGGAGCGCCUCUACCUGCACGUUGGGCUGCGGCCGCGCGUGCGUGACCACUAUCGAGCCACCAAGGUGGCCUUCUGGCUGGAGCUGGUGCCGCACCUACACGGGCUGCGCGAGGCCUUCCCCUACCUGACCACACCUACCGCCGCCCCACGUGCCCAGCCUGGCCCCCGCAGGGCGUGGCCGCCCACGCGUCGGCCUGCCCCACCCUCCUCAGGGAGGCCCGCCUCUUCCUCCUCUUCUGCGUCAGCUUCAUCCUCGCGGGACUCAAACCCAGGGCCAGGUGAGGCCUCGGUGCUCAUUGAAACGCGACGUGACUACUCCACGGAGCUCAGUGUCACCAUUGCCGUGGGUGCCUCCCUCCUCUUCCUCAACAUCCUGGCCUUCGCUGCCCUCUACUACAAGAAGGACAAGCGGCGACAUGAGACCCACCACCGAAGGAUGGCUGCUUCCGGUGGCACUUCAGGGUUCGCGUCCGGGCUCACUUCCGCUUCUGGUGCAACUUCCGGUUCGACUUCCGGGUUUGCCUCGGCUUCUGGUCCCACUUCUGGUUUUGCUUCUACUUCUGGUCCCACUUCCGGAUAUACUUCUGCCCACCGCCCUGGAAACGAUGCCCUGAAACGUGGUCGGGAGGAGGACCCCGGGGCAGCAGUGACAUCGCCCUCAUCCCUUGAUGCCCUGCGGCUGCCCACUGGCCCGCCAGACUACGCACUCACGCUGCGUCGUGCCCCUGACGACGCUGCACCCCUUGCUGUGCCCAGUGCCAUCACCAUGGUGCCCAAUGCGCUGGCCGGGCUCCCACCACUGCACGCCUUUGGCCACUCCACCACUCGGGUAUAGCGGGAGAUUGCUCACCCUGCCCCACACGCUCGUGUCAUCAACACCGAAGAAACCGUCGCUGGGGAUCGGGCGCCCCAGAAACUGACGUUAGGACCAUGAAAAUGGCAUGGGGGACCCUUGAAAUUGCCACAGGGACCCUCAACACCAGAAACUGACACGAGGACCCUCAAAAUGGCAUGGAAGACCCUAGAAACUAAGAUGGGGGAUCUGGCACACCCAAAACUAACAUUGGGAACCUAAAAACGGCACGGGAAACCCUUGAAACUGCCAUGGGAACCCUAGAAACUGCCACAGGGUCCCUACAAACUGGCAUGGGGACUCUCGGAACUGACAGGGGUCCCUAGAUACCAUCACAUCUAUUCUACAAACUGCCACUGGGAUCGGGGACACCAGAAACGGACAUGAGGACCCUAACAAAUGGCACGGGGGACCCUAGAAACCACCGAGGGUGACCUCUAGAAACCUCCACACUGAUUCUCCCCCCCACCCCGCCCCGCCGCCAUCCAAGCACGCGAUGAGGGUAAGGACCGCUGGCCCGAGGUCCAGAUCUCUCCUGGAAGACCCCAGCGUGAUACCCCCGGAUUCCAGGCCCAGAAUUACCCACAGUUCCCAGGAUGCUAACCAGCCUCCCAUGGUCCCCAGAACCUCCCAUAAUUUCCCAUGAUCCCAAGAACCUCCCAUGGUCCCCGGAACCCAACAUGAUCCCCGGAACCUCCCAUGAUCCUCCAUGAUCACCUAAGAUCUCAGAACCUCCCAUGAUACCCAGAAUCUCCAAGGGUACCCCAGGAUCCCAGAACCUCCCAUGAUCCUCCAUGAUCCCCCAACAACACAGAACCGCCCAUGAUCCCCAGAACCUCUCAGAUUCCCCAUGAUCCCAAGAACCUACCAUGGUCCCCAAAACCCAACAUGAUCCCCAGAACCUACCAUGAUCCCCAAAUCUCCCAGAUCCCCCAUGAUCCCAGAACCUCCCAUGAUACCCCACCAUUGACAGGUCCUCGGCCGCGCUCUGGCCACGCCCCCUAUAGGCCCCACCCCCAUCCCUGAUCAAAUGUGAAGAGACUGAACUGGGAUUAAAAGAAAAGUUCAAAUUUUAAAGUUUUGAAAUUUUUGAAUUUUUAAAAAAAUUUUGAACUUGAGUCACGAGCGUCAGUGUCAUCGAGGGAGAAAGAACAGAAGCUACUCAAUAAAAACGUGAAUUUUUAUUUCUAUGGGAAACGUCGGGAAAGCAUUUCAGAAUAUGUGGGAAGUUUCUCCGAUGUCAUGAUUCUGGUGGGGGGGAAAAAUUUAAAGCCGUCAAGGUUCCUGCAGUCGGUCAGGAAUUUGCCCUAAUCCGGAAAAACAAAACAAAACAAAACAAAAAACAGAAAAACAAAAAACAACUACCCCCCCCCCCAUGGAAAAUUUUAUUUCACUGAAAAUUGAGAAUCUUGAUUUGACCAAAACCAAGAAAUUUCCUGAUUGUAGCUGAGGAAAAGUGUGAAAUUCUGCUGGAAAAAGAAACUGGGAUUUCUGUCCCGGAGAUAACUGGACAGAAUUCGAAUUUUGAAUUUUGAAUCAAAAUUUAAUAAACAACAACAACAACAACUGGGAAAUAGAAUCCAAAGCAACGAAUUCCACGAGGGGCUGGCGGACUCAUACAACCAAAAUCGAAUGUUUUUUUAAAGAAAAGUUGGGAAAAAAAAUUGAAACUGCAGAAGGGUCAUGUGCAAAAAGACAAAAAUAAGAAAAAAAGUGUGUAAAAAUUUUUUAAAUAAAAAAGGAAAAUGUAAAUAUUGAAAAAUAUAUAUUAUAAAAAACAAUC